CGGUCCCUCCGCCCCCUCCACCACCGCCACCAUCACCGCCACCCCCCCAUCAACGUUGAAUCGACAUCAUCAGCAUCAUCAUCAUCAGCAGCAGCCAGCCCCGGCAGAGGCAAAAAGACUCGGGCGUUUCUCGUUCCGCGUUCGGCAGGGAAGGACCCAACUUUGAGGCUGAUUCACUCCUCAUCUCCUUAUGCUGCUACAUCUUCAUAGAACACAUUUGAUCUGCACGACCGUCAUUUAGUUCCACCAAACCGAGUGACCUGAGAACGAGCAGCAGCAUCACCAGCAUGGCGUGCGCGGUGGCCGUCCCGCUGCCGGAGCCGAGCGGGGACUUCCCGGCGUGGCUGGAGGCGCAGGGCGUGAACGAGGAGGUGGCCCGGGCCAUGGACUCCGAGCUGGGCAUCCGGGACUACGGGGUCCUGCGCGCCUGCGUCGGGGACGGCCUCGUGCGGGCCGAGCUGCUGGCCGCGGCGCGCGACCGCCUGCCCUUCGGCUUCUACGCCGUGCUGCGGCAGGUGGUGAAGGCCCUGCGGGGCGCCGAGCACCACGACGCUGGGACGUCGCGCUGGGACGACGCCACCGCCUCCUCCCCCUGUGGCGACGUGACGCUGGGAGGCCUGGUGGACGUGCUGCUCGCACUGUUCAGCGGCCUGAGCCGGGAGCUGCUGCUGUCCGCGCGGAGGCUGGGCGAGUGGGAUGGACUGACGCAUCCCACAGGUUUAUCAGCCACAGGUGCUGGCAGUCCUGAAGAUGUGGGGCUGGGAGCCAUGGAUGACCAAGAAUGCAGUGAUGAGGGUUUCACUUUAAUCACAAGAGCAGCUGCCCCCAUGGAUGCAGUAGAUUUCGGUGUUUGUGCAGGAGAAGGUGAGGCUGAGGAGCCAAAGUUGUUAUCUGAUGAACUUCUCCAACGCGAUCAGUUGAUGACCAUCAAAGUUGAGACCUGCGCUGACCUAGCUGAACAGAGCCUGGCUUCGGGCGUUGACGAUUCUGGCUUCAGCCGGAAGGAGCGGGUCGUAAAAGCGGAGAGCUAUGACGGCAACAAACACUCUCGCGAUCGCCCGCGACUCCUCAUUGCGGACGUGAAAUCGCUGCAGGCAGCCCAAGCAAACCCUCCGCUCGUCGACAAUUUCCUCCGCUUUCCCCGGACGCAUCAGCCGGCGGCUGACGUGAGGCGCGGCAACAAAGCCGCGGCCGCCACGUGCACGCCCGAGCAGCUCGCGAUGGGUCCUGCGCUCGACUGGGAGGCCGUGGGCAAGGACGUGGCCUCGCCUCCGGCGACCUACCGAGGAUGUUCCGUCGCGGACGACGAUCCGCUCGCGAUCGUACCGGCGUGCCACAGCUGCAGGAUCUGCGGGAAAACCUUCUCCAUGCGGCGCAACCUGACACACCACCAGCGCAUGCACACGGGCGAGAGGCCGCACCGCUGCAAGGUGUGCGGGCAGGAGUUCUCGCGGGUGGACACGCUGAAACGGCACGAGCGCACGCACACGGGCGAGAGGCCGUACCGAUGCAAGGUGUGCGGGCAGGACUUCCCGCUCCCGGGCACGCUGAAACGCCACCAGCGCAAGCACACGGGCGAGAAGCCCUACCGCUGCGGCACGUGCGGUCAGACCUUCGCGUGGAAGAACGUCCUGAAGGACCACGAGCGCACGCACACGGGCGAGAAGCCCUUCCGCUGCGAUGUCUGCGGUCGGGCGUUCACGCAGUCGUCCUCUUUGAAGUUCCACCAGCGCAAACACAUGGGGGCUUUCGCACCGGUGGCGAUCAUCUGAACCGGUUCUGGGCCUCCCCCGAGGUCGACUCAGCCUCAAAUGAGUACCUGAUGCGGUGUGUAGUAAACAUCGCCACUGGGGAGACAAAGGCGGUCGGGCA